AUGGCUUCGUUACCCAGAACGUCCAACCGGGUCCGCCAUCCUGUUGCUCUUGCUUCGUGCUCCAUCGGCUUACCUCGGCACACGCUUCAUCAAAAGAUCGAGGCCAUUAGGGAAGCAGGUUUUGAUGGGAUCGAGUUGUCGUAUCCUGACCUUCAAGCUUUCGCCAGCCGUUCCUGUGGCCGAGAUAUCGCUGAGGAUGAUUACGAGUCAUUAUGUGAGGCUGGGAAGGCUGUGCGGAGAAUGUGUGCUGGACACAACCUCAAAAUCCUGGUUCUCCAACCAUUCUCCAAUUUUGAGGGGUGGCCCGAAGGAAGUCGGCAACGCCGAGAUGCCUUUGCUCGGGCUGAGGCAUGGAUCGACAUCAUGGACGCAGUUGGGACGGACUUGCUCCAGGUCGGGUCAUCCGAUUCGCCGGAUAUGGCCCAAGAUGUCGACAGGAUCGUUGCUGAUAUCACUCAGCUGGCAGACAUGUUGGCCGCCCGUGGAUUUCGGCUUGCUUACGAGAACUGGUGCUGGGCGACCUGCGCGCCGAGGUGGAAGGAUAUUUGGGACAUCGUCAAGAAAGUGAACCGGCCGAAUAUCGGCUUGUGCCUUGACACCUUUCAGACCGCAGGAGGCGAGUGGGGAGACCCAACGACGAAGUCAGGGAGGAUUGAGGCCGGGGGAGUCACGCCAGAGGAGUUGUCAAAAGCGUAUACCGCGAGCCUUGAGGAGCUGAGCAAAACCCUGCCAGGCCAGAAAAUUUAUUUCCUGCAGAUCAGCGAUGCAUACCGGUUAGAGACCCCAAUGAAUUCGACCACAACUCCAGAUUCAGGCCUGAGACCCAGGGGCCGCUGGAGCCAUGAUCACCGACCGCUCCCGUAG